AUGAAUAGUAAUACUACAUUAGAUCAAUUAGGUUUAAAAUUAAAUGAAGUAAUUGGUCAUUAUCUUAAUGAAUUAAAUCCUCAACUAAGAAUAUCCCUAGAUUAAUUUUCUUUGUAAAAUGGUGAAAACUUAGACGAAGAAUAAUAACAAUAGAUUUUAGAUUUUGAAUUAAAUGCUAUGAGAUAACGAAUAUAUAAAGUAAGAAUUUAGAUUAUUAUCUAAAGCAAAUUGUGGAUAAAAUAAAUCUCUCUUAUUCAAUCUGUAAAAUCUUUUGGCUCAUCUUGCUAAUUGAAUUCAUAAUCUAAUAUCAUUUCAGCAGCAUUUUCUAAAGAAAUAAUCAAUAGCACAAAUCAUAUCCCUUAAAAUUAAAUAAUAAAUCCAUCAAAAUCUAUGUCAUAUUCAUUUUUAGAUUAAUAAUCAUUAUUACAUCAAAGUAUUCAUUAUGCUCAACCAAAAGUAAAUAAAAAGAUUGAAGAUUAACCAAUUCAUAUAACAUAAAGUGAAACGUAAAAAGAGGAUUUACAAAAUAAACUUAAAGUAUCUUUAUCCUUAAAUUAUUAAUAAUAAUAAGUCAAUAAUUAACUCAAAGAAGAACUUUAAAAAUUAGAAGUAUUUAUUUAAUUAUAAUCUAUUUAAGAAAAAGAAUUAAAUAUCAGAUCACACUCAAGAUAUUGAUAACAAUGAUUAAAAAGAGAAAAUAAAAACUGAUUGAAUUCAUUGAAAAUAAAUUAUGUGAUUCAUGUAAAACACUUCCAAAGAAUUUUUGAUUAGAUAUUCAAACCUAUAUUUUUUUAUUUAUUAGAUUAAUUGAUAAAAAGUAAUUNUAUAUAUUUUACAUAAUUUCCAUUAUAAAAAGUUGAAAACAGGAAAUGAGCAUCUCCAGCUAUUGAUUUAGACAUAUGUGGCCUUUCACUAUCAUAUUCACCAACAAAAUUACAAAAUUAAAGUAAUAAUUCAAAAGAGACAUCACAAUAAAAUGAGAUUGUAUUUGUUUCAUCUAAUUUAGAAAAAUAUAAAAAUUAAAUCAUAAAAAGAUAAAGAAGAUCGAUAAGGUUCUAUCUGUUUGAAUGAUUUAAAUAUCUUAGGACUUAAAGAUUAUUAUUUGGGAUCUGGUAAUAAUCAUUUGGAAACAAAAUAACAAACAAAUUAAGAAAUAAAUGAAAGUCCACUGAUAGAUUUUUAAUAAAAUGAAUAGUAAUACUACAUUAGAUCAAUUAGGUUUAAAAUUAAAUGAAGUAAUUGGUCAUUAUCUUAAUGAAUUAAAUCCUCAACUAAGAAUAUCCCUAGAUUAAUUUUCUUUGUAAAAUGGUGAAAACUUAGACGAAGAAUAAUAACAAUAGAUUUUAGAUUUUGAAUUAAAUGCUAUGAGAUAACGAAUAUAUAAAGUAAGAAUUUAGAUUAUUAUCUAAAGCAAAUUGUGGAUAAAAUAAAUCUCUCUUAUUCAAUCUGUAAAAUCUUUUGGCUCAUCUUGCUAAUUGAAUUCAUAAUCUAAUAUCAUUUCAGCAGCAUUUUCUAAAGAAAUAAUCAAUAGCACAAAUCAUAUCCCUUAAAAUUAAAUAAUAAAUCCAUCAAAAUCUAUGUCAUAUUCAUUUUUAGAUUAAUAAUCAUUAUUACAUCAAAGUAUUCAUUAUGCUCAACCAAAAGUAAAUAAAAAGAUUGAAGAUUAACCAAUUCAUAUAACAUAAAGUGAAACGUAAAAAGAGGAUUUACAAAAUAAACUUAAAGUAUCUUUAUCCUUAAAUUAUUAAUAAUAAUAAGUCAAUAAUUAACUCAAAGAAGAACUUUAAAAAUUAGAAGUAUUUAUUUAAUUAUAAUCUAUUUAAGAAAAAGAAUUAAAUAUCAGAUCACACUCAAGAUAUUGAUAACAAUGAUUAAAAAGAGAAAAUAAAAACUGAUUGAAUUCAUUGAAAAUAAAUUAUGUGAUUCAUGUAAAACACUUCCAAAGAAUUUUUGA